UCUACAAAUGAAUUAUUUCUUUUUAAAAAAUAAUGUCGAUUAUAGGUAAUAAAGUAUAUUUUGUAUUUGGAAUUAUUAUAUUCUGUUUCGGUAUUAUUGGAUUUCGGUUAUAUUAUCUUAAAUAUUAUUCUAUAACAACCUUUUAUUCUUCAAACCAUUUACAAUCACCUCAACUUCAGAAAAAAUUUAAAACCUACUCAGCUGCUCUAGAUAUAAAUACAAAAAGAUAUGAAUUAAAUAAAAAUCCAAAUUUCAAUAUAGAUUUAUUAAAUAAAAAUAUGCAUCCAGUAUAUGCAUCUCUUUCUAUGCCUUCUACACAAUAUAAUUCUAAAAAGAAUGAUUCAAAUCAAAUAUAUCUCUCAAUAUUCUCAAUUAUGAUAUUUGGAUUAAUUAUUUUUAUUGCAUUUUCAACAAUUUUUUGUCAGUCAAAUGAUGGGAAAGACUUUAAUAUCACGAACGCCACUCAUCUCGAUGAAAUAUUAGAUCGCCAGAAUUUACGUAUCCUGACCAAACAUUUGCUAUAUAUAUUCGAAAAUUAUCAAUGCUUAGAUUACUUAGAAUUAUUUCAGCAAACUUCCACAAAGCUACCCAGCGAUUUUAAUAGUAAUACAAUCGAUGUUCCAGAUAAACAUGCUCCCAGAAAAAAUGGGUGGUUUAAUAAAGACGAAUCAAUUUUGCCUCCUAAUUUUGAUACAUCGAAAUCAGCUGAUUAUAUGGGAGGAAGAAAAAAUGAGGUACGUAAAGGAGGAAAUAUAAGAGAUGACAUGUCAUCAAAAUUGCUGUUAAACGAUUUAAAGAACCUCGAACAACUACUUGUCCAAUACAAAAUGAACAAAAAUGGAUUAGGCCCUCAAAGUUCUAUUAGGCUCGAUAACCUAUUGUUAAAAUUGAACAAAAAUCUAAACUUUGCCUUACCCAGGAAAUUAGAAAAAAAGGAUUAUUUACCAUCAAAUUAUUCGUCCGAAUCCGAAGAUUACUACCAUCAUUCACAUGUCAAUCACGAAUUAGGCGUUGAUAAAAAAUAUUUAUAACUCUAGAUUUGUAUUAUGCCAACUUAAUUUUAUUCAUUUUAAUACGAUUCGAAGUACUUUGUGCAAUAUAUUUUAUUUUAUUUAUAAAUAAAUUAUUUAUGCUUG